AUGAUUUAUGCCAUAGAGAUAUUGUUAAAUUUAUUUUUAUUGGUCACAUUUACUGUAAAUGGAUUACAGUGUACAUUACCGUCCAACUUAUCAGCUAACCCAUACAAUACACUUUUAACAAGAUAUUCAAGAGAAAUUAAAUCUGUUAUAUACAUCGGAAUUAUCCUUACUGAUGAAGACCGUAAAACUGAGAAAGCGUUUGAAAAUGGUGUUCAAGCGGCUAAUGAAGUCUUAAGUCAAAGUGGAACUCUAUCAUCUUAUCAGUUAGAACCUAUUAUCAAAUUUGUACCUAAAGAUAAUGUUUUUGUCGCUACACAACAAGCAUGCAAAAUUUUGGAUAGAGGGAUAAUUGCAUUAUAUGGACCAAGCUCAACAUCUUUAUCACAAGCUUUGUUGUCUUUGGCUAAUCGAUUUGGUCUACCGUAUGUUGAAACACACUGGAUUAUGAUACCAAGAAAAACUACUUAUGCCAUACAUUUGCAUCCAAGUAUUGAAAGUUAUGGAUUAGGUUUAUAUGAAUAUUUAACUCAGGUGGAAAAAUGGAAACGUAUGACACUCAUCUAUAAUAAACCUGAAAGUUUGCUCAAGUUUGCCACUUUAGUAAAUAAUUUUGAAGGAAUAUUAAAAAUUAAAUCAUGGGAUGAAAACGCAAGUGGUGCUAGAGCAAUGAUGGCAGAACUAGGGUCAGGAUUGGAGAAAAAUUUCCUUGUGGACAUUCCCAGUUGGCAAGUAACCAAUUUCUUAGUUAUGGCAUACGUGCAUAAUAUGACCGGUUAUCAGUAUACUUUCAUAUUCACAGAUUGGGAUAUUGCAACAUUAGAUUUAAGCGCAUUCAAAAUCGAUGUAGGUGCAAGAAUAAAAGCAAUUUCAAUCAUUCCGAAAGUUACUUCAUUGGACAUAAAUAAGACACCCCAACCAGAAAUGUUGCUUUAUAAGAAAAAUCUUGAAAAUAUUGCUAGUUCAAAAGAUUUAUCCAAUGGAAACCCUACUAUUCAAUUCAGUUUAAUUUACGAUAGCCUUAUACUUCUAGCACAUGGACUUAGUACAGUGACAAGAACAAGACCAUUGUUACCACAGAAAUUAAGCUGUGAACGUCCACCAGGUCUAUGGCCUCUUGGGUUAAGUCUGAUCAAUGCAGUUAAAUCGGUAGCGUCAGAAACUGUUCGGGGUUUGACAAGUCCCUUCCGUUUUGAUAAACAUGGUUUAAGAACAUUAUUCGAUCUAACUACUCUGGAACUAACCCAGGGUGGAUUUAAACCUACUGGAGUAUGGAAUAUAGAUGAAAGAAUGAAAGUUGCAAAGCAACCUGCAAUAACGUUACCAAAACAGUUGCCCAAAAUCAAAGGUGUAGUCUUGAAAGUCACAACAAUACCUGAUGCCCCUUUCAUGAUUCCAAUCAAGUUUGAUGCAUAUGAUAGACCAUUAGGUACUCCUGAUGCAUGGAUGGGAUAUUGUAUUGAUCUGUUGAAUCAUAUUGCAUCAGAUGUUGGCUUUAAUUAUACAGUUCAUAUAACACCAGACCGACAAUACGGAUCAGGUAUAGACGUUGGAAACGGGACCAUUUUCUACAAUGGCAUAAUGGGAGAACUGAUCAGAGAGGAAGCUGAUAUGGCUGUAGCCGGAUUUACAAUAACAUAUGAACGUGAAAAGCUUGUUGAUUUUAGUACACCAUGGAUGACUUUGGGUGGAAGUAUUUUAUUUACAAGACCAAAAAGUCAGAAACCAUCAUUGUUUUCAUUUCUUCAACCACUUUCACCACAGGUAUGGUUAUACGUGGGUUUCACCUAUUUAGCUGUAUGUUUGUGUUUAUUUGUUGCUGCUCGUCUUUCUCCACAUGAAUGGACAGCAACACAUCCUUGCGAAGAAGGUGGCGAUACAAGAAAAAAUCAAUUCACACUAUUAAACAGCUUCUAUUAUAAUGUGUCUGCUUUACUGAAUCAAGGAACUGAACUUGCACCACAUGCUACUUCAACGAGAUUGUUAACCGGAGUUUGGUGGUUUUUCGCCUUAAUUAUUAUUGCUACAUACACAGCUAAUUUAGCUGCAUUUUUGACAGUUGAAAAUAUGAAAUCACCGAUUGAAAGCGCUGAAGAUUUAGCUAAUCAAGAAAAAAUUAAAUAUGGAACUUUGAAAAGUGGAUCAAGUCGUGAUUUUUUCAGGACCUCAUCUUUACCAACGUUUAAGAAAAUGGGUGAAUUCAUGGACAAAUAUCCAGAUGCUACUGUAUCAACCACUCAAGAGGGCAUUGAACGUGUUUUACAAGGUAAUUAUGCCUUCAUUUUAGAAUCAACCUGGAAUGAAUACUAUGCUCAAAGAGAUUGUCGUCUAACGCAAGUUGGAACAUUGCUUGAUUCUAAAGGUUAUGGGAUCGGAUUUCCACAAGGUUCACCAUGGAGGGAUCCCGUAUCGAAAUCAAUUCUAAAAUUACAGAAUGCUCAAAUUUUGGCAAAAUUAAAACGUAUCUGGUGGAAUGAAUUUAAUAUCACGGAACCAUGUUCCUUACUACGUGAAUCAGGUAAAGCUCCAAGUCCAUUGGGUGUAGAACAAGUUGGUGGUGUAUUCAUUGUCUUACUGAUUGGAUUUUUUAUGGGAUUCGCCGUAUCGAUUAUUGAAUUUUUAGUAGCCACAAGAGAUCAGCAAAAGACAGCUGUUUGGCGUGGAAUGUGGAAGGAGUUGAAAUUUGCUACACGAUGUUUAACGACAUCACGUCGAUUAAGAUCAGACAUUCCUAAAUUAUCUAGAUCCCGUUCAAGUAAUCGACUUAUAUCAUCCGUACCAAAUAAUUUAGGCGCAAUAAAUAAUUCACCAAAUUCAUUCGGUUUCAGCGAAAAUCAUAAUAACAAUAUAAAGCUAAAUAAUAAUACUAAUAACAGCAAGAAUAUUCAUAUGAGUGGAAUCAAUUCAAAAAUUGGACAAGAUACAUCUAGAGAUCAAUUGUUAAUUUCCGAAUCCAGACCUUUUAAUUAUGAACAGCAGAAUCAGCAAAAUCAAGAAGGAACUUAUCGAACAGAUCAGAAAAGUGCAAGUCUACAAUUUCCUAGUUCAUUCGAUCAAAGUGAUAUAUCCGCAGGAAUAUCAAGUGAUCCACAGCCUCAAACCUACAAUACGCGUCAACAACAACACCAUCCUACAUGUAACAUCCAGUCAUAUCAACAGUUACAACAACAUCAUCCAUAUAUACAUAAUGAGACUGAUAUCAAACGUUUCACGAUGCCACCAAGUGUAGUUCGAUCAAAUUUCAACGUUGGAACGACUAACAUGAAUGGAGAUUCCGAACUAUGGCAGAUUAACCAAUAG